AUGGACGAGCCAAGGGAUGACAAAUCUUACAAAGGGUUUGUGGAAAGGUUAACACUUGGUGUCACGCGAAUUCUAGAGAGUCUCCCUGGCGUUCAGGAUGUACGGUUCGUGGAGAGAGAACCUGCGGAGAAACGAUGCCUCUUGUCUUGGGAACAGAAAAACAGCUGUGUUUUACCAGAGGAUCUGAGAGACUUCUACCUCACAACAGAUGGCUUCACUCUCACCUGGAGCUCCAAACUAGAGAAUGAGUCAGUACCUGUGGGCCAAAUGGUAAUUAACAGUGUGGCCAGGCUCCGCCCUUUGGUUCAGUCAACUGUGUUCUCCCUUCCAAAUGCACCAACGCUAGCUGACCUUGACUCCGACAAUGACUCAGACGAGAGUCAAGAGAAGCCCAACUUUGAUUCCCGCAGUCGCGUGUUUGAGUUGGAUCCCUGCAAUGGAAACGGCAAAGUCUGUCUCGUUUACCAGAACUGUUCACCAGGUGAGGUGGCCCAGCAGAGCAAGAUAUGGUUUCUAGACCGCUCCCUGUGUUGGCAUUAUCUCACUUCCUCUUUCACUGCAUACUAUCGGCUCAUGAUUACCCACUUGGGUCUGCCUGAGUGGCAUUAUGCAUUUACCCAUUACGGGCCCAGCCCUCAGGCAAAGCAAUGGGCCUCUCUCUAUCAGCCUUUAACGUUCCACGCAGAGCCUCAUCUUGAGCCAGCCAGUGAGCUGUUCCUCAAUAAACUCGAUCCAGCCAGGGCUUUCGGCGGGAAAGCCAAGCCUCCGACGCAGAAGAAAAAGCAGCCUGCCCAGACAACAAGCGGAGGUGGUGGAGGCAAGGUCCAGACAAGCUCUGGAAGACACAGCGUGACUAGACGAUGAACAUCUGGGGAUGGUGGAGUGUUGUUGGGUUUGAGAGCAGCGCGUUGCCUCAGGCCGUUGGCCCAGACAAGUCUUCCCUCUCAUUUGCUCGGAGAGCUCUUUAAUCUAUCGUGUUUACUCAUUGUUUUUCUCGUCAUUGUCUCCGUGUGGCUUAAAGUGUAUAUAUAUUUAUUAAAGACGGCCUGAAAUCUGA